GGGGCUUUAUCAAGAGCUGAGGAAACACGAUUAGAAAUUUCGAUUGUUUUAGAAUAUCUUGAAGAGUCAAAUGGAGGUGGGGAAAGGAAAUUCAGAUUAGGCCUUCGAUCAAGAUUCACGAAGAGGAGGGCAGUUAGGAUUUUCUCCAGGGAGCCCUUUCCUCUUGGAUAUCUCAAAAGACCGUCGUACACAUUUAUUCCCAAAUCAAUAUUCCGAAUUAUUUGGAUAUACUUACAUGUUUUUCAGCCAAAGCGAUCACAUCGUAGAUUUUUCCUUCGAUAA